AUACUAAAUAGCUGACACAACACAGGCCUAAAGAAUGAAAUACAAGAGCCGUUUACUGCACAUAAAUACUGAAUUUAUUGUAUUUGAUUUUUCCGAUGACAUUUUAUCACAGUUUUACUUCUUCCGUCCUUCAUUCAGGGUGGAGUGGUCUGGAUGAUAGAAGGAGAGGGUCAGUGUUUUCUCACAGGUGACAUUUGAUGUAUGACAAUCUGACCAUGCUGAACUUACAAAACAGCUCCAACUGGACCAGCCCAAACAACUGGUACCACCCGGCCGACACCAUCACUCCCCAACACGGCACAGAUGGUUGUGUGGAAGAUCUGAAUGUGCAGAUGGCCGGAGCAGGGGAAGGAGUGGUGCAGGGAGAGAGGGAUGAGGUGGAUGAGUCGCAGCUCCACCUGCAGCUAAAGAGGAAGCUGCAGAGGAACCGCACCAGCUUCACCCAGGAACAGAUCGAUGCCCUGGAAAAAGAGUUUGAAAGGACUCAUUACCCAGAUGUCUUUGCUAGAGAGAGACUGGCUGCAAAGAUUGAUCUUCCAGAGGCCAGAAUUCAGGUAUGGUUCUCCAAUCGGAGAGCUAAGUGGAGAAGAGAGGAAAAGCUGAGAAACCAGAGGAGAUCAGGGGGCACCAGUUCCUGUUCUCAGACACAUACACCCCUGAACACGUCCUUUACCUCCCCUGUAUAUCACUCCCAUCACAGCAACAGCUCAGGCUCAAUGCACAGUCGGAGUGAUUCGUCUCUCUCAGGAUAUAGCUCUCUGUCUGUCUUCUCCAGUAUGCAGUCUUUGCCGUCCCAGUCCACUCCAACAUACUCCUGCAUGUUGCCUCCUUCUCCUUCUGCCCUCCAGCCUCUUUCCCGUAAAUUUGACUCCUCAUCUUACACCUCUCCCCACCUCCCGCCCCCACCCACGGCCAGCGCGAACACAGGAUUCUUUCCCGGUGUUUCUGCAGCAGGGCAGACUGCGGUUCAAGGCGGUGAUCAGGAGCUGGGACAAGGUCUGGGUCAGUACUGGACCAGGCUGCAGUAAAAACACACCUUAUCAUUAUCAGACAAAACCAGCAGAGCUUCAAUCAGCGACUUUGAGCAAAUUAUUUAACAAAACGUGUGUCAGGAAACCCUACUUAUUUAGAUUAUGUACACAUCAGGGAAGCAGUCUAUGUAAGCCAUAAUCCUGUGGAAGAAAAAAAACCGUGGACCUCACUAACCUGCACAGAUGGAAGAGAAAAUGGACCCCAGCCUUUUUGAUCUGCAUAGUUCUGUACUCGGCACCAUGCCAGACAAUAGCACAAACUAGUCUGGUUAACAUUCUCAGCUACUGGAGUUAAAACAGUGCACAUCUAAAAAAAUAGCUGAGGCCAACACCUUGCCUCAUGUUGAUGCAACGGGAAAAUGUUGUUUAAUUGAUGUGCCACUUACAAUCAAUGUGAUAAACUGCAUGUGUCUAAAAAUGAGGAUGUUUUAAAACUGCUUCUGUAGCUGCCGUUCAAAAGUUUGGGUUUGGUAUGAUAUUUUAGUGUUUCAUAUGCUUAUAGAGGGUGCAUUUAUUGACUAAAAAUACAGUAAAUUCUGAAAUAUCUGUAAAACUUAAAAUACCUUAUAUUAUUAUUUAAAUAUGUAUAUUUUAAAGUAUAAUACCUUUGAAGGCAAAGCUGAAUUUUCAGCAUCGUUACUCCAGUCUUCAUUGUCAAAUAAUUCUCCAGAAUCAUUCUAAUAUACUGAUUUACUGCUCUGUAAACAUUUCUUAUUAUCGAUAUAAAUAACACUUUUGCUGCAUAAUGUGAUACAUUUCCCCCCCAGGAUUCUUUGAUAAACAGAAAGUUCAAAAGAACUGCAUUUAUUUGAAAUAAAAAUCUUUUGUAAAUGUAUAAUUGUCUAUAAUGUCACCUUUGAUCAAUCUAAUGUGUUCUUUCCGAAUAAAAGUAUUAUUAUUAUUAUUAUUUAAAUCUUACUAACCCCAAACUUUCGAACGGCAAUGUAGUUUGAUGGUAUUGACAAUGAUAGAUUUAGAGAAGUCUGUUAUGAGGCCAUCAGUCACAAGCCGUCAUAAUAUUGCACUGAGGUGGAGAAACCAAUGACAAUCAAGCUAAUACACAAGCUAAGCAGUGACAAUCAAUCAAGUGCACAAAGUAGCUCAAAAGAAUCAAAACUGAAUAGAAAUAGCUGUUGCCAAUGACAAUCAAAAUACAUAAUUGUAAAAGGCUGCAAAGACAAUCAAACAUACUGACCAUGUGUAAUAUACUGAAGUCAAGUUAAUAAUUUAUUACUGUACAUUGUUAAAUGGACAUUACUGUGAAUUGAUUAUUGCUUUAUUUCAUCACUCUGUAACAUUCAUAGGUUUUUUUUCCCAUCAGAUCCCAUGAACUCACUGUAGGUUUGUAUGUUUGAAUGUGUGUAAAUAUGUAAGAGAGAGACAGCAAUAGAGAGAGAGUGAUAACAUCUGAACAUGUAUUUCUCAUUAGAAUUGUGAACAUUUUAGUGUAAACCCUUUUGUGGAAUUACUAAACAUUGAAAUAAAAAUAUAACAUUGAAAAGAACAA